AUGCCUGGGAUCUGUUUGCAGAAGUUUAUUCUUUGGAAUGUAUUUGUCCUGUUCUUGUGUUCUGUUUGCUGUGGGCAGAACUUGUUGCUCAAUCCCAGCUUUGAGAAUGGCGUCACUUACUGGACACACGAUGGUUUUAUUAUGCAGCUGGAGUUCACACAGACACACGGAGGAAUAGUUUCUGCCAAAUGCACAAGCAGGACUCAGAGCUCCCAGGGACCUGCACAACUAGUCAGUCUCAAACCUGGAGGCAGAUAUUCUUUCAGCGCCUAUAUCAAGCUCUUUAAUAGCUUCCAGGCAUUUGGGCCACAACAAGUCACGGCCAAAAUCGCCAUCGUUUAUGACAAUGGGACGGCUGAUUUUGAACUGACAACUCGUUUACAUGUAACGCCUCAGGAUGGCUGGAUCAUGCUGGGGUCUGAUUUCAUGUUUCCAAACAGAGCUUACAUCAGCGCUCGUCUCUCUGUUGGAGGGCCGUCACCGGAGAUAUCUUUUUAUUUCGAUAAUACAUCGUUAGUGGAAAUUCCCGAACUCAUCUCUUGGGAGCAAGAUUUGUGUGAUAUUUCUUCACAGAUUGAUCAUUCCCGACACCUUUUUGGGUUCGGCUCUCUCAUGCGCAGCGAGUAUUUAUUAGACCCUGACUAUACACAGUAUCAAAACAUUGCCUUCUAUAUGUUUAACUGGGCAACGCUACAGGAGUUCAACUGGCGUACUGAGAGCUGGGACAAUACAUCACCGAAUUUAUCCGUUACUGUAUCUGCAGCGGAUCUUCUCAUCAAACACGGGUUGAAAGUUCGGGGUCAUUGUAUGUUCUGGGCAGUCAAAGGUCACGAACCUGACUGGGUGUCCCCUCUAACUGGCCAGGCGAUGAAGGACGCCAUUCAAGGUCAUAUACAGAAUAUGACGGACACAGCAAAAGGGAGAAUUUCUCACUGGGUGGUCAACAACGAGCGCCUCCAUGGCAGUUUCUACGAGGACAGCACGGGAGAUGCCACCAUCUCCCAGCACAUGUUCCAGGCUGCCCGGUCCGCUGACCCAACCGCUGACCUCUUCCUCAACGAUUAUGAUGUGGUAGCUGGAGGUGGACACACGGCGCAAUAUCUGGAGCAAAUUAUGACAUUCAAAAAUGCCAACGUGGGAUUAAAAGGUGCCGGUGUGGAGAGCCACUUUGACGACCUGGUGGAGCCUGAUGUAACUUUAGUCAAGGCUCGUCUCGAUCGACUUGGACAGGCAGGUGUUCCACUAUGGAUCUCUGAACUUAGUUUGUCCUCACAUAACGAGAGUCUCAAAGCAGAUUG